UAUCGAUAUGAGAUUUUGUCUAAACGUAUUAGCAAAUCUUAGCGUUAGUAAAAGGGGAAAAAAUAUAUUAGUACAAAAAAUACUAAAAGAUAGGAUAUCUUCGAAAAAAACAAAAAAAGGAAUAAAAAAGAAGUUAUUUAUUAGAAUUUUCGCCUCUCGGUCAUUCCUGAAACCCUAGCUCAAGUUGCGUGACCCUCCUUUUCUCUCUUCCAUCUCGCCCCCUCUCUCUGCGCCAAACGCUCGCCGUCGCGGAGAAGGAUCCUCUUACUCUCAGAGAAUCUACGGUAAUUCCUUCUUCCAUGUCUCGAAUCUGUCAAUUCUAUGUUUGGAUUCGGUUUUUCCAUGUUAGAUUGUGUUGAUAUGAUGUGAAUCGGGUAAUUCCGGUGGAUUUCUCGAGCUGUUCAGUUUGUGAGAAACUGAAGCAUGGCAACGUUCAUCGAUCUAGAAAUCGGAAGCAGAAGGAUUAGGAUUGGAAGCGUUUUUUUGCAUAGCUGAAAUCGAGUAGGGUUUGUUGAUGAAUCCGUAGCUUUAUCGUCAUUGGAUUUGCCGAUAUGCUUGUCUUGCGUCUGAUUUGUACUCUUAGAUUCUGAAUUUCUGGCCUAUGCAUUGAAAAUGUCAUCGUAAACCAUGGAUUCAAUUUGCUUUUUCUUGGUUUUAUCGAGUUUAACUGAUCCUAUACCUUGUUGUUUUAAUGGAAUGAAUAUUAGUGAUCUUCUUGGACGCUCAUAGCUUCUCUGUAUGCAAUUGUGUAUCUAUUCAUUCUGUGGCUCUGUUGCAGCAUACUUGGUUUCCUACUUUUAAUUCUUUGUCAAGAAUUCUCUGGGUUUCUUAUUUAUUACUGUUUGACACGUCAAGGGUUUGUUUCAGAUCUCUCACGAUGGCUGACAGUGAUGACAAGAACAUUGAGAUCUGGAAGAUCAAGAAGCUCAUCAAGUCUCUGGAAGCUGCCAGAGGCAAUGGGACAAGCAUGAUUUCCCUCGUCAUACCUCCCCGUGACCAAAUUUCUCGUAUUGCUAAGAUGCUUGGUGAUGAGUACGGAACUGCUUCCAACAUCAAGAGCAGGGUCAACCGUCAAUCUGUUCUGGGCGCCAUCACGUCUGCUCAGCAAAGGCUGAAACUCUACAACAAGGUCCCACCUAACGGUCUCGUGCUCUACACCGGAACAAUUGUCACUGAUGAUGGGAAGGAGAAGAAGGUGACUAUGGACUUUGAGCCUUUCAGGCCAAUCAAUGCAUCUCUCUACCUCUGUGACAACAAGUUCCACACUGAAGCCCUGAACGAACUUCUAGAGUCUGAUGACAAGUUUGGCUUCAUUGUCAUGGAUGGUAAUGGUACCCUGUUUGGAACACUGAGUGGAAACACCCGAGAAAUCCUCCAUAAGUUCUCAGUCGACCUGCCCAAGAAGCACGGAAGAGGAGGGCAGUCUGCCCUUCGAUUUGCUAGGCUCCGGAUGGAGAAGCGCCACAAUUAUGUAAGGAAGACUGCUGAGCUGGCGACACAGUUCUUCAUUGAUCCUUCAACAAGUCAGCCUAAUGUUUCGGGUCUUAUACUGGCUGGUUCUGCUGACUUCAAGACUGAGUUGAGUCAGUCUGACAUGUUUGACGCUCGACUUCAGGUCAAGAUUCUGAAUGUGGUGGAUGUGUCCUACGGAGGGGAGAAUGGAUUCAAUCAGGCAAUCGAGCUGUCAUCAGAGAUUCUCUCCAAUGUGAAGUUUAUUCAGGAGAAGAGGCUGAUUGGGAAGUACUUUGAGGAGAUCAGUCAAGAUACUGGGAAAUAUGUGUUUGGUGUCGAUGACACUUUGGCAGCUUUGGAUAUGGGUGCUGUUGAGAUUCUCAUUGUUUGGGAGAACCUGGAUGUUAACAGGUAUGAGCUGAAGAACAUUGCAACUGGCGAGAUUGUAAUCAAACAUUUUACCAAGGAGCAAGAGACGAACGAAAGCAGCUUUAGGGAAGCUGUUAACCCCGCUGAGCUCGAGGUUCAGGAGAAGAUGCCUCUGCUGGAAUGGUUUGCUAAUGAGUACAAGCGAUUCGGCUGCACACUCGAGUUUGUCACCAACAAGUCCCAGGAAGGGUCCCAGUUCUGCAGAGGGUUUGGUGGCAUUGGAGGCAUUUUGCGCUACCAGGUUGACAUGAGGUCGUUUGACGAGGUUUCUGAUGACGGGGACGUGUACGAUUCCGAAUAGCAAUCAGCCAAAUCUACUGUCCUGCUGGUGCAGGAGAGCAGGGACGAACAAGAGCCUGCACCAGCAGAAGGCGAGCCGGUGGCGGGGGGCCACCUUCGGCUCGGGAUGCGGAGCUCCCUGCUGCUAAGUGCUUAGAAGAAGAAAUUCGCUACUUCAUUUCAGGUGCGGCCAAUUUCUCCUCCAUUGCUGUUCAUCCUUUCUCUAUCCCGAGCCCUUUUCUCCAAAAAGAAAGGCAAAUAGAUUUGUGGUAUAGGCCAAUAAAUUUGUAGUGCUAAAUCAUACCGACUCCAGAGGUUGAUUUGAUUGUUGAUGUUCGUCGCUGCAAGUUUUACUUGCAUUCGAUCUUGCUUCUAACCGGUCUCGAUUUCCCUUUUCCAGGAAGGGAGGUUUAUAGUACACAAAGCUUCAAGGACGAAAACAUUUUUGAAUCUCGUUAUGCAUCUGCGGAAGAAGGGUUGUGUUUGGGUGGAGGAAGUCUGAUUGAACUUUGUAUUGAAGCACUAGACGCAUUUUUAUGGAUGAAGGGAACGUUUUCAUCAUAUAGCUGGGAUGUCUACGUUUAAAGAACUAAGAACUGGACUUGCUGUCCUUUUUUAUAUAUGUUAGGCUAUGGUUUGGUUGUGCUUUUUGCAUUUUAAAUGUUUCUGCAACUGGAAUAAGAGUUCCCCUCUGCAGACUGGGCUAUGAUAUGAUGUGGUUCUGUGUCUUGAUUGUUGUGUAAAUGUUGUUCGAGGAUGGUUUUAUUCAAGGUUGUUGAGCCGCGGGUAACAGGCCACACGUACAUGUCGGGUCGAUUGUUACAAAGUAUCGGGUUGAAGAUCUAAUUACGUAUUUUUUUUAUGUGAAAUGCGCCUAUUUUUAUUUUUUAGUCUAACUCCAUCUUUAGAAUCGUAAGUUGAACAUUUAAAUAUAUAUGUUAUAUAAGUGUGUGAAUUUUCAUUAUAUGUUGGAUUUAAGCAUGAUAUAUUAUUUUGGUGGAAUAUUAUAUAUUAUAAUUCAUAUAUUAUAUGAGAUUUAAUAUAAUUUAUCAGAAUAAGUACAGUAUAAUGAC